AAAUCAAAAAAACUGCCUUACAAGUUGGUGUAUUACUUUGCAUUUCAUCGUACAGCACCUAUGCAUAUUAUAAAUUAUCCAUGUUUCGGAUUGUUUCCUGUUCAAUUUUUUAUCAAAAUGUACCUAAGCCAUGGAAUUUGUGAUGCUGAACAUUUUUGAUUUGAGUCCUAUAUAGCUGAAGGUUUACAUUAGGGUUAUGGUGCUCUUUCGCGGUGGAAAUUUAUGACUAUUUACUGUUUUGUUAAAAGAGAAACAGAGACCUUUCAUAUUUAUUAUAUUUACGUAUGAAGAUACUGGAUUCAGUUUAUGGCAUUCUGAAGCAUGAUCUUAAUUCGAUUUCUGAAGGAAGUCUCGAAGGUUUCCAUAGUUUUGGCUACCCAAUCGUGCAUUUCCACUGAUUUAUUUGAAAAUAUAAUUUAGGUAGGUAGGUACCUACAUAAAAUGAAUGAAUAAAACAUUCAUAAUAAUACUCGUUAAAUAUUUUGCAAUCUUACCAAAUUCAACUAUACCUAUUUCAAUGAUAGAAAUCAAGAUAUUGGGACUGGUGCUUGAUUCAUUUUCUUAGGUCUGAACGUGUUUUAAUUUUUGAAUAAUUUUUUUCAGACUUGAUUAUUUGAAGGUUCUUUUAGAUUUUUUGUGUGAUUCGUUGGAGAAAAUUUAUACCUUACACCAUUUUUUUUUUCAACUUGAGGUUUUUGUCCAAAAUAUUAUAACGACAAUUAAUGUUUUCAUUUCUUCGUACUUACUGUUAUUUUUUUUUUAAAAUUAAACAGCUCAUGGUAUAAAGGAAACGUCUCAAUAGAUUUGGUAUUGCCUGAUACUCUGUAUAAGAGUAGGUGACCCAAGUCAAGGACGAAGAAGUAACAUACCAUUUCUAUAAAGAUGGGAAACCAGUCUGGGCACCCCGCAUUGAGAGCGUCAAAAAUCAUGACGAAAUUGGUAUCUACCUAUACCUACUCGAAAUCACUUUUUUUGUCGUUCGAUUAUUUAUAUUUCCCUACUCAAAAUGUCUAAAAUAAAAAUAUAGGCAUGUUUUAUGAGUGGACACAAUUUUGCAUCUUUAGCUUUUCUUCUAUGAGUAGGUACCAAUAAGCACUCUUCAAAAUGUCACGUUCUUAAUACUUACUUUAUAAUACUUACAUAAAAAUACACAAACCUACUCAUAUUAAUGGAUAAUAUUAGAGAUAUUUGUUUUCAUAUUAUAUACGCUUGACCAGUGGUCUUCAAUACGGUUGUUGCGUUUUCUUUUGAUUAAAACCGCAGCAAAAUUUAUAAUUCGCGUGUUUAUUUCACUAGGUAAUUAUUCUAAACGCAGAUAAAAUGAGAUAACGAAUGUUUCAUAUUUUUAAAUAGGUACGUUUUUUGAUUAAAAAAAAGUAAUUCUAAAUGCUGGCAACGUUAUAACAUCAGUACUCCACUUAGGUAUAUCUAAGUAACAAUCAUUUGCGAUGUUGUACCAUUGGUUAGCUAAUAUUUUUUAUAGAAAUUGAAAUAAUUGUAUAAAAUACUUAUUCGUAUUGUGAUUUUUUGUGUCGUUUGAUCAUGCUGAAUGAUUUGUUAAUGAAUUUUGUAAACAUCUUCGGUUGUUUUGUUUAGCGAUUUACAGUGAUCGGUAUGUAAUAGGCAAAUAUCUACUUACAAAUUAUCUAGGUAAUCCAUUCCGGUAGCUCGUAUUUGAAAAAUCGAAGCCAUUUCAACCACAGAACUUUCAACACCAUGAUUCAUCGAAAAUGACACCAACAAGAAUUGAUCACUGGCCCAUGAACCUGCAGCUGUUCAUAUCAUUACUUCUAUUACUCCUUGAUCCAUCAAUAUGUCGUCAACCAGACAUCAUCGAUGAACCUCCACGGUCUACUCUGACACGACCAUUCAAUUGCGAAGCCGUUUACAGCGAAUGCGAACCGAACCAUCUAUGCCCCGAAAACCUCGACAUUAUCAGUACAUGCCAUGUCGAAUACAUCAACGAACAAAUAAUCGAAAAAUGUCGCUCUUUCCAAGACGCAGAUGUCAUCGAGGACAACUCUUUGUUCGCACCGAUCACUUGUACAGAGAAAAACAUCACAUAUUGGAACGUGUAUUGCGGAAUUUGCAACUUCGAAAAAGAACUAUACAAAUUUGAAUAUUGGAGCCCUUGGUUAUCUUGCAAAAAGAUUAUAAACGAAUCUGUCGCUAUAACUCGACCUACAGCUAGUAAAUCUAUGGAAUCUAUUUUAGGAGCUGGCAGAUCUCCUGGUCCUGGUUCUGUUGCUGAAAGAUCCGCAGAUCCGUUAGAUGAAUCAAAGAUGUUGCCUGGGUUGAGGGUCGAUCGGAGUGAAUCCGGUUCUAAAUUGAUUUCUGUGCUUAAUAAUUCAACUUACCAAUGUAAGAUAUUGAGAGUGUUAUCGAUGCGUUUAAGAGCCCAUGUCCCUAACUGUUUCCGUGUAGCGACAGAACAAAGUGGGGUGGCAAUCUCAGAAAUAUUUCGAAAGAGUAUUUUUGCCCAUUUGUACCAAAAAAAUAACCGAGACCAAGAAACAGACACCAAGUUCUGUUUGGACACCAAAUAUGCAGCAGAUGAUUUCUGCGAAUACAGGAACGAGUAUGGCGAAGCUUGUACUUUGAAUUUAUUUCUGGAACCGAGCUUCGAUGAAUUCUGCAAUCAGGAUAGUUACAUCGAGACGAUAUCUCCUCAGAAUGAGAAUGAAACCAUCCUCAUGAAUGAAUGCUCGAAUCACACUUCGAAAAAAAAUCACAUCUUUGUUUGCGGACCAGACGAAGGUAAAAUUUGGAGAAAAAUUAAAAAUAUCGUUUUCAACGUCAUGGAUCAUAUUUCCAUGUUUUUAUUACUUUUGUACUUGGUUAUUUGCACGAAUAAGCAGAAUUUGCGAAGUUUACCCAAACGUGUUUUUUACUCGUAUUCUGUAUCUUUGCUGGCUCUUUAUUUAAGCGAGUUCAUCUUGAAACAUAUUCGAUCGUGCGUGAUCAAAUAUUACGUAUUUUUUUACGUUUGGCAAUCUCACUCGUUUUGGAUCCUGAUCACUUCUUACGAUUUAUGGAGAAUAGUUUAUAAUUCUUUGAAAUUGCUGAAAAUUGAAGUAGAGAAACAAACAGCGAGGUACGCGGUUUAUUGCUCGAUAGGUUGGGGUCUGCCUGUAGUACUUUUAUGUGUAUUAUUUCCUACUCUAAAAGACGAUCAGAAAUCUUGGUCGUGUCCUUCUGUAUCUGGGUUUCAAAAUGAGCUAAUAUGUUCUUCGAGUUGCGAAUUAAAUCAGUACACUUAUCAUUUUGGAUGGAUCACCAUCUUUGUUUUUCUAGUCCUUGCUCCUUGUUUACUCGUAUUAACUUGUGUAUUUGUAUGCCUCAGUACGAGGAAUCGGGCUAGGGCUAAUGUAAACAGAACAUAUACGGUUGCUAUGAUCAAAGUGGCUAUUAUGAUGGGAUUUCAUUGGAUGUUGUUGGUUUAUCUAGCUGUGUUCAAUUCUGGUGAGAAGUUCAAUGUGGUGUAUGAGUUUAUUUCUUCGUUUCACGGAUCUUUUGUGUUUUUUGCUUUUGGGCUGGAGAAAAAUAAUUUGAAUAGGUUGAAAAGGUUAAUGAAUAGAGGUGCGGUGGUUGAAGAGACGCAGGAUACGAGUUUCACUCAGAUUGAUCAGGAGAUGAAGUCGCCGGUAAGAGGAGAUAAAUUGGAUAUUGAUAAUGAGAAUGUUGAAAAAUGAGUAAAAUUAAAAUUGAUAAAUGAAAACGAUCGACUUUAGGUAUUCUUUUUCGUGUUGUUCGAGGUUCCUAUUUUGAUGUAAUAGGCUCCUAAGGGGCAUAUCAUGAGAAAUUAAUUGCAGUAUUUUUACCGCAAUUUUGCCUAAAAUAGAAUUUCUUGCACAAUUAAAAGAUUCGUUAAUUGACGCGAGAUUAGGAAACAAUGUUGAAGCAAUGUUUGCAAAGCCUAAUAGCAUAAAUUUUAUAAAGUCACGCCAUUGAUUAUUUCGAGUGCGUAGAGAUAUACCUACCUUUUAUUGUAUGUUAUCGUUAUUGUAAAGUUUAAGGCAAAUAUUAAUUUUUCAAAAUCAUAAUUUUAUUAUUAUGUACCUACCUACCUUUGUAAUUAGUUUAUAUUCACAAAUAUGAUAGAUAUGUAUACAAUAAAAUUAUACUCCAUUUUUAA